CGUGACGGCUCCCCGCCCCGGGGUCCGCCCCCGAUCGGGCCCGGCUGGGGCUGAAGUGGGGGAGCGGGCGGGGAGGGGCGCGGAGCGGGACGAGAAGCGGCGGAGCAACAUGGAGAGCACAGCCAGAAGAGGAAUGGAUGUAACAUGAUAGCCCUGGAGUCCUCAAAACGCGCUGUGAAGAUUCGGUGUUUUGGUUGAGCGCUGCGAAGAAAAUGGAUGAAUCAGCUCUGCUGGAUCUGCUGGAGUGCCCUGUGUGCUUGGAGCGCCUCGAUGCCUCGGCAAAAGUCUUGCCUUGCCAACACACGUUCUGCAAACGCUGCCUGCUGGGUAUCGUGAGCUCUCGGAAUGAGCUUCGCUGCCCGGAGUGCAGGACUUUAGUGGACUGCGGUGUUGAUGAACUUCCAAGCAACAUUUUGCUUGUUAGACUACUGGAUGGCAUCAAACAGCGGCCGCGGAAGCCUGGCACUGCUGGUGGGACGGGGGGUGCAAAUAAUUUAAGGGUCCCCAUCACCGCUGUCGCUAAUUGCGGAUCCAAGGACCUGCAGAGCUCUCAGGCUGGGCAACAGCAAAGGGUGCAAGCACGGAGCCCUCCUGUUAGGGGUGUACCUCAGUUACCAUGUGCCAAAGCAUUGUACAACUAUGAGGGAAAAGAACCUGGAGAUCUUAAGUUCAGUAAAGGAGACAUCAUCAUUUUGCGUCGACAGGUGGAUGAAAAUUGGUAUCAUGGAGAAGUCAAUGGCAUCCAUGGCUUUUUUCCUACCAACUUCGUUCAGAUUAUUAAACCUUUACCUCAACCUCCGCCUCAGUGCAAAGCACUUUAUGACUUUGAAGUAAAAGACAAGGAAGCAGAUAAGGACUGUUUGCCAUUUGCAAAGGAUGAUGUUCUGACUGUAAUUCGCCGAGUGGAUGAAAACUGGGCAGAAGGAAUGCUGGCUGACAAGAUAGGAAUAUUUCCAAUCUCAUACGUUGAGUUUAACACAGCAGCCAAGCAGCUGAUAGAAUUGGAUAAGCCCUCAGGUUCUGCUGUAGACUCUGGAGAAGGUACCUCUGGGGCAGCCCUCAACAAUUCAGUCCAAAAGCACAGCGAUACUAAGAAAAACACCAAAAAACGACACUCUUUUACCUCCCUCACUAUGUCCAACAAAUCCUCACAGUCUUCUCAAAAUCGCCACUCGAUGGAAAUUAGUCCUCCUGUCCUCAUCAGCUCUAGCAACCCAACUGCAGCAGCACGCAUAAGUGAGCUGACAGGACUUUCUUGUAGUGCCCCUUCUCAGGUUCAUAUUGGUACUACAGGGCUAAUUGUGACUCCACCCCCUAGCAGCCCAGUCACAACAGGGCCUUCAUUUACCUUCCCAUCGGAAGUUACCUACCAAGCUGCUCUUGGUAAUAUGAAUCCCCCUCUUCCACCACCACCUCUGUCUGCUGCAGUUGUUGCAUCAGCCUCUUCUGGACCUCAGCCUGCAGGUGUAAUUCAGAGGUCUGCAUCAGGAUCAGCUGACCAAAUGGCACAUUUAAGACCACAGACUCGUCCAAGUGUAUAUAUUGCCAUAUACCCUUAUACUCCUCGAAAAGAGGAUGAACUGGAAUUGCGGAAGGGAGAAAUGUUCUUAGUAUUUGAACGCUGCCAAGAUGGCUGGUUCAAGGGAACUUCCAUGCAUACAAGCAAGAUUGGUGUUUUUCCUGGCAACUACGUGGCUCCAGCUACGAGGACAGUGACAAGUGCAUCGCAAACGAAAGUUCCCAUGUCUACUGCUGGUCAAACAGGACGAGUGGUAACUGUGGUCAGCCCUUCCACUGCUGGUGGGACAUCUCAGAAGCUCCAGGGGAAUGGUGUGGCAGUGAACUCUAGCACCGUACCCACAGCUGUGGUUUCUGCAGCACAUAUCCAAACUAGCCCACAAACCAAGGUCCUUAUGCACGUGACAGGACAAAUGACAGUCAACCAGGCUCGCAACGCAGUUAGAACAGUUGCUGUACACAAUCAAGACCGGCCUACAGCAGCAGUCACACCCAUACAAGCACAAAGUCAAACAUGCCUUAUUCCUGCAGCUGUGAUCAUUCCCCACCAUUCUGUUGCCUCCCAGCAGCUCCAGUCCCAGCUUCCAAAUACUGCUGCUUAUGUCACAGCUGUGAAUGUGAACCGUUCAGCCAUCCCACUGGCAUGUGCAGCAGCUUCUUUGAAUUCUCCCAACGUUGCUGCUUCAUCUUUGGAGGGAGAUAUAAGUGGGAGAACUGUGAACACUCACCCUGUAGCUCCUGCAUCUCCAGAGAGCUCUUUAGCAGCUGGUGGUAGUGCUGCUGCCAGUAAAACAGACAAGGAUGUCAAGAAAGAAAAAAAGGGUUUGCUGAAACUGCUUUCUGGAGCAUCCACUAAACGCAAGCCACGGUUGUCACCUCCAGCAUCUCCAACUCUGGAGGUCGAGCAGGCAGCCACAGAGUUAGCCCUGCAAGGUGCAGUUGGGCCAGAACUUCCAUCAGCAGGAGGUCAUAGCAGAGCUGGAACCUGUCCCACUGACUGCGAGGUCUCUGGGCCAGCACAGGAGAUGUUGCAGCGGAAAACGAGUUCCUUGGAUUCUGCUAUUCCCAUAGCACCACCACCGCGGCUGCCUUGCUCGUCCCUGGGUCCAGUCUUGAAUGAGUCCAGGCCUCUUGUCUGUGAAAGGUACAGAGUUGUGGUAUCCUAUCCUCCUCAGAGUGAAGCAGAACUUGAACUUAAAGAAGGUGACAUUGUGUUUGUACAUAAAAAACGUGAGGAUGGCUGGUUCAAAGGCACUCUGCAACGAAAUGGAAAAACUGGCCUUUUCCCUGGCAGCUUUGUAGAGAACGUUUGAGAGAAUUGAUUCCAAAAGCUUCAAAUCACACCGUACUGUAAAGUAGCACAAGUAUUUUAUCGGAAAAAGCACAGUCAUGAAAUGUUUUCAGAUGACUGUAAUGUAAACAAAAAUAUACAUAUUUUUACAGUGUCUAUAGCACAAUUACACCAGCAAGCAAAGAAGAUGAAGGCAUCUGCUGGUUUUAUCACUUUUGAUUCUUGAGUGUGAUGUGUGCCUUGUACUGUCUGAUUUAUUAUAUAGAAGAACUUUUUUCCCCACGUAUGUUACAUAAAUGAACAAUUGUUUACAAGGCUGUAACUAAUUUAUUGUUUUUUUUUAAAACUUGAAUUUUGUGUAAUAGUUAAAAAUCUUGUGACUAUGAUUUUAACAAAUUAUUAAUUUAUGAAAGAAUAGCUAAGGGGAAGCUGGAUUCUCUCCUUAUGAGCAAGCAAUUAUAUCUGAUAAAGAGCCUGCCAUUUAUCCUCUGGACAUUUUUCCCCUGCGGUGUUUAACAGUGGAGUAAGUCUCUUGUUUUAUGAGUUAAUAUUGAAUGGUGGUGAUGUGGCGUCAAAUAGAAUUUGCCAAGUGGGGGAAAAAUGUGUUUUGUUCUUUGAAUGGAGGAAAAAAAAAAGUCAGUGGUGUUCUUCAGUCUAGUUCUACUCCUUCAUAAAUCACACAAGUGGAGUAAUGUUUCCAGGAGGCAAAGAUGUAUGUGAACAAAGGAUUGAAAUUCAACCAUCCCAAGGUUAGAGUAAUCUCAAGGUUAGGAAGGAAGAUAUUUAAGAGUGUCAAUGACAAUUUCCCUAUACCUUCUGAUUUUGUAAUAACUGGGCUGUUUGAACAAAGCUUAGCUUUGUAUAUUUGGCCUUUUUUUUUUUUUUUUGGCAUUUUGUGCUCAGGAUCCAACAAAAUUGGAGGGAAUGUUAAAGUCUGGUACUUAGAAGAAUAAUGUCUUGAAAACACCUGUUUGAUAAGACUGAAUAUAAAAAUAAAAUUAUAAGUUGUACUUACUGUCUAAAAACGCCUAAGAAGUAUAAUUUGCUGUUUUCUUCUCAAACUGAUCUGCAUGGCCAAGAGGUGUUAUACAAUGUCUGAGCAAUAGUGGUGGUAAGUGAUACACUCGUGUUAAUGUAAAGGCUGUAUGAAACACUGUGAAAAUUUUACUAACGUCUUAACCAUUUCUACUUUGGUAUGUUCUGACCUUUUCUUUGUCUUGCAUGUGUUAUUCAAUUCUUGCAGUAAAAUAGCUGUGCAUGAUUUGCAUUUUCCUUUUUGAUUACCUGUUACCGUGUUAUUUUGUUCUGAAAGUUUCCCAAAAGCCACUUGACCAAAACUAGUGAUCAGCUCACUUUCAACCAGAGAAGGUGUCCAGUGUUUGAAUCAUUAAUAAAAUAUUUUUAUUUCCUUGCAGCUGAUGGAUAUAAAGAACAAAGCCUGCAAGAAAAAUGCUAGUCUUUCAGGGUUCUGUUAGAGAUUUGACACUUUCAUUUUUUGAUUGUUGAAGUUCAAUUGUGAUUUUUUGCAAGACACUGAGCACCAUCAUCUCCAGUAAAAUUUGAUGUAAUUUGGCUGUUACUCGGCACUUUACAAAGGGAAGCCAGUAGUGUGAUUCAGUAUCACACAGUAUAUAGAAAGCAGUGAACAAAUACACAGCAAUGUGUGAAAUCCUUAUUUUAUUUUUUUUUUGAAGUUAUACAUUGAAAAAUAUCAAAUGUUAAUGACAAGGAUUCUUGGCCAUUAUCAUGUAGUAUCAUUGUGAUGGUCUUAAAAAUAAGAAAAAAUAUAUAUCUAUAGAUAUAUGUAGUUGAACAUGACAGCAUUCCCAAAUUAACUGUCUCUCUGAAACACUGUAUAAUUCAGUUUUUGUGCUUUUUAAUAUUUUUAAAUAGUUUACUUGAAUAUUCAUGUAAUAUAUAAAGGUUUUGUGAAACAAAUUUUUAGUUAGAAAGGAGCUGAUAUCAGCUUUUGUCAGCAUAAAUUGGCACUAGUGUGUCAUAAUAUUCUUAUUUUGAAAAAUGUAGUGCAUUUUAUAUUAAAGACUACUAAAGGUUAAUUUUUUCUAUUUCUGCUCUCCAUAUUUUAAACUAAGCGACUAAGUUACCUCUGUUAAUAGAUUUUCAUGGUGUAAAGUCAGUAAAAAAUCAGCUGUUAAUCCAGUAGUUCUGUUAGAUGGAAUACGGUUUUGAUUUUUUUAACAAUAAAUGUUUGUAGAAAGGGCUUAUUACAUAGCAGUGCAAUGACAAAAUGCAGUUAUCCUGCCUUUUUUGUGAUCUUUUAGGAGUUAUUUUUUUGGUAUUGGCUUGGGAUUAAUUCAGUGUCGAAACAGACAAAACCCUGUGCAUUUGCUUUGUGUAAUUCCAUACAAAAGAAUUUUGUAAGGUAUUUUAUAUCUAUGUUUGAAGUUCAGUGAAUGUUAAGUGUUUGAUUUACUAUGUUAAACUUCCAAUCGUAAUAAAUAUUUUCUUAGCAAACGUCUAAAUCAAAAUGUGUAUGCAAACACUGAACAUCAAUUGCUUGUACAGAAUUUGACAAUAAAAUUACCAGACCUUAAUUUUAGAAUUUAUAGGAGGAUAUUUCUGCUCAUAGAGGAAGUCUUCAGAUUCCAUAAUGUUGAAAGUUUGGAAUGAUGAAUAUUACGCAAAAAUUCUAGAGUGAACUGAUCUUUUCCAUGUCCUUAUUUCUGCAGGCAGCUUCAGAAUAUGUAGGUAACUGCCAUCUCUGUCUGAUCAUGACUGACUCAUUUGCUCUAGGUGUUGUUAUAUCAGGCACAGCGGAGUUAAGAAGAGCCUUCCCUAGAGCAUGGAGCGUCUAAUGUAGUGUGUGUAUUGAAGGACAGUCCCCAGCUCUAAGGUUAAAGCAGCUACAGUGACUUUCUCCGAGGGCAGAAGUGUUGGGUGGUAAGAGGCUCCUUUCGCCUGAAGAAGUUUGCAGUCAAACAGUAAAGCCUAACUAUAGACCUUCUUGAUUCUGAUGAGUUCACCUGUCUACAUGUAGCUGAUGGGGAAAAAGUACACGGGGUUUGGGAGGGGAGCCAAGAGGUGACAGCAUUGCUAGAAAUGGAGAAUAGAGAUCAUUGAGCUUUUUUUUUCCUCCAGAAUUGUGAUCAGACAUCAGUGUGUCCAUAGGAGAAAAAAAAAAAUCAAAAAAAACCCACACAAAAUCAUGGUAAGAAGUAAAACUGUUUCUUUGGAUUUGAGGGAUUUUAUUGCUGUUUUGUUUUUGAGUUGUAAUUAUUGAGUAAUUCUGACGUGUUCAACAUCUGGAUUGCCAGAGGUGCCUGAAAUCCUAUUCACCCUCAUUCUGUUAUCUCUGCCUUAAAAUAGUGUUGCCAAUAGUUUUGCAUAGGCUCAAGUACGUGGCUUCUGAGCAUCCUUGCUUUUUUGAUAGAGCUGGCAAAAUGUUUUAACUGGAUAGCUCUGUCCAGGAGCUUUAAGCAAGAGCGUUCAAAGGUGCAUAUUGACUUUAACGAAACAAAAGAAUCCAUUUGUCUAUUUAAAAACCUUUAUUUUUAAAAACUGUGACAGUAUGUUCUCUCAUACAUAUUUGUACAUUAAAUAGUGAUGUUUUUAUAGGAUGUGCCAAUGCACCCAUCUUUUGGGGAUUCUUACCAUGGUUCUCAACGACGCGUACAUCUCAAAUCACUGUGAAGUGCUUUCUUCCUGCAGUGUGGUAGACAGUUAAUGGUAAAUCUUAAACCAUCUGAAGCUUGGCUUGAGCAAAACUUGUUGUCUUUCUUUUGAAUGAUUUAAUCAUUUAUCAGCUGGUGUACUCGAAAUAGUUAUAUAAAAGAAUAAGAGCUGAGAAUGGUGAUGGUGGAAGAUGAGGAGCCAGACAUUAAGUGUGAGGAAGGAGUUAGAAGACCUGUAUGUGGCACCUGCAUCUUACCUGACUUGUUUGUGGUAUGACUUCUGUUAUCAGAAUCCAGCUUUGUGAAAGGAAUUAAAAGGCACUUGAAAGUUUAAGAGUGAAAAUGCACCCCUUGAUCUUUACAUAGUCUCUUAAGCUUGUGUUUGUUUGCCUGUGUCUAAAGCUACCACUAUUCUGGCUGGCCUGAACUGCAUAAUUGUUCUCAUGUCAAAACAUGUCUGAAAUCCCAAACUAGGUAUCUGUAUUCCUGAAUUAUAUGAAAGGCAUCUGAUGGAUGUGCUUUGAGAAUAUGUAUUAAACUGAGUACUGACUAAAGUUUAAAAAAUAAUAAUAAUAAUAAAUCUGGCCACAAAAAAACAAAAGAGGAGUUACAGGUUGUUGUUAAUCAACAGUGGUAGUGUUUGCUUAUGAUGCAGUCCCCAGAUUUCAAUUACUCACAGUUAUAACUAGCUUGUAAAAAUUCCUCUUAGCACAUUUAAAUGAACAGUACUCAGCUGCACCCUGCAAGCAACUCGAGUGCCUGUAUUAUGGUCCUGUUUAUAUGGCACACAGAACCCAAAGGCCUUCAAAUGUUUGCAUCUGGUAGUUAAAAGCGAUUCAGGAGAUGUACCCAAACUGUAGCUACAUUUUAAUUUCAGAGUACUGGGAACAGUGUGUACAAACCAAGAAGCAGAAACAAAAGAAAGAAAAAGAAAAGAAAAAAAGAGAAAAAAAAAACACUGUAUUACAAAGGUGGAAGGAAGAAUGUCAGGAUUUUAAUAUAUUUGUGCAGGUGUUUACUGUCCCUGCUGUCUUAAAUGCAACCCCAUUCCACAAAUCAAGUGGACUUUGAUUCCUCCUGCUUCAGGCCUCCUACCCCCACCUUCUACACACACUUCCCAGAAAGGAAGGCUGUAUAAGCCUUUAAAACAUCCAAAUUCUUUGGCACUGGAAUACAUGGUUGUACCUCUCGAAUUACCGCAAAUCAGUGCUACUUCAUUGAUUUCAUUAGAUUUUGCUGGCAUACACUGAAUAUGCCCCCUGCUGUUAAAUAGUCAAGGAAAAUGUCUUCCCUGAAGAAAUGAUUAUAUCUGAAAAGAAACUGAGCUUGUUGAUUGUCAUACUUGGAAAAUAAGAGCUACUAGGGCUGUGUUAUUCUUUUCUCAAAAACUGUCUGUCCCGCUAAUAAGGGUAAGGCACUAGAUCAAAGAUGAUGCCAUCUAGCUGCUCUGUAAAGCAUAGGAGAUGGGUUACUUUUCAGUCAAAUUAUAAAUUUUCAGAUCCACAAUUACAGAGUAGGAUUUAGUUUGCAGACAGCUGCUAGCCCCAGAAUCUUUUGUGGUUAGCUUGUGCUGUAUUUUCUCAUGGUAUAUCUGUGAAUGCUUGGAAGAGAAAGAUGAGUCAGCAACUGAAUGACUUUAAAGUGGUCACUGACAUUGUUUUCCACAGAAGGGAUGUGACCUAGGUCAAAUAUCUUAUUUCAGCUGGUUGAACUUCUCAAUAAGCUGAAGAAUGCUAGCUCUUAAAAGUUUACAGUUCAAAGAAGUUUUCCCCAUUCUGGUAGUCAAUCUCAGUGUGACUUCUGAAUGCAUGCAGAUCAGGAAAAUCUGCUGGUUUUCUGCUCCAUUAUAAAAGCUUUCAUCUGUCCAACUUCUAAGUUAGUAGUACACAAAUAACUAUUGUCCUGCGUAUCACUGAAAUUAUUUGCAUAUACUAUUUACAUCUGAUAUACGAUUUUUUUUUUUCCCUACAUAAUGAAAUGUAAUAAUGGUCAUCUGUGUGAAGGUCGAACUUUUCAGGAAGGAUGAGAAAACAUGGAAAUAGAUGAAUGUUUUAAAACUCUUGGUAAAAAUAAUUUUAAAAGAGGGUCCUCACUAUGCCUGUGCGCUCAGUAUUCUCACACCAAGGGCAUAUUCCUUAACGCUGAGUAGGUGCUCUUUGCCAAAGACUGCUAGGCAUAACUCUUAGAAAGCUGGAGUGCUUCUUUUGAGAACGUGUCCAGUAAGCAAGAGGAGAGCAAGACUCAUGUGGUGUCUGUUUCCUGUCUCUUACUGAGCCAGUUGUUUAUGUCACAACCACGUUUCCAUGUGGACGCCUGUUAUGGCUUUGCUUAAGAAAAUGCCAGAAAAUACUGAUUUCUACUGUUCAGAUGCAGAAUAUUCCUUGGUAAGGAAGUCAACGUUGACUUCGUAUCAAAUGCUAAUAAGAUUUGGCAAUAUCCACAAAAAAACAAGGGUGCUCUUGUAAUUUGUCUUCUCUCAUUUGAUGUAGUAUUAAUGUAUGUGUAAAAUACUUGAAAGGGACCUGGAGGGAUCAUUGAGUCCAAGAAAAUUUAAAUACUAAAAUAUAAAUUUCUGUAGGUAGCAUUCCUCAAAUGUUCCUGCAGCACAGGAUCCGGCUGGGCUUAAAGAUCAGUUUUGAGUUUGGGAAAGUUGCUGCAGUUCUCUUGGCAUGGCAAGAUGGGCACGUCAGCAGUGUGUGAGUGGGGGAUGAGUGGGAGGAGAACAGCCCUGAAAUUAAAGAGAUCAGUGAAACAUUGUCUGGUUUAACCACAGCUGUUUCUUUUUUUGUCACUAAGCUAUCUCUUCGUAAGUGAUUCAAGUACUCCCACCAUAGGGCAGUGUGGUUCCUUACUGGAUAUGACCAUAUGUAUGGAUGUCUGGGAUAUAAGGGCCACAACACAGCUUGAUUACUGUCAUAUCUGUGAGGCUUCCUCUUAGUGAGGCCCCUGCCUUCAUCCCCCAAGUGCUGGUACUGGCUAGGUUGAAUUGGUGGUGGAGCUGCAUAGCAUCCUCGGAUGGCUAAACCAAGCCAUGAAAACUCUCUGCUUCCAGAGCAGUUGCAUCUUUUCAGAGGUUGUGCUGGUGAAAAAAGAUCAGUCUGUUGUGUCUGUCCUCACACCAUAGUGUAUUUAUGUUGGCAAACAUUUGUUGUGUACACUCAGCCAGAGCUCAUUACUGAUGAACGGGAUGAUGUGGGAAUUUUUCCAUCUGCUGUCUUCCUACUUUUGCUGAUCUAUGUAACAAGUUUGCUUUUAACUGUGAAGUAUUGCACUCUCUUGGCUGAUAGUAAUAGAGCAUGCUCACACAGCUGUGAGUUGAUUACACUACAGCCCUGUUUUUGAGUAAUAGCUAAAUCCACCAGAACAAAGCUAUCUUCUGCCAAGUACAAGAAUUAAUUUAGAGAAAAAUUAGUGAACUUGUACUGAGUUUUUUGAACUUUAACAUCAGGUAACACUGGCAGAAGCUGGAUCCUCCUCCUAGCUGUGUGCAAGUUCUGAAGGUCAGUCUGCAUUUUAUCUGCAUGUUUUUUUUGUUUUAAAAUCAAAAGCAACGUUUUCAAGGAAAUAGUUGAAAAUUGAAGUAAUUUUUGCAAGGGCAAAUACUGGAUUCUAGUUCACUUCUGGUUGAUGUUUCUUCAUAAAAGUUGCCAGUGUGUAGCCAUUGUAAAAUAAAUAACUAACAGUGUUCUUGCAACUAAAAGCUCUAUUGAUGAAUUUACAAUAGCUUAUAGCUGGCUUAUGCUAUCUUUUGUGCUGUGUUUAGUAACACAGUAUAAUGUUUUGGGAACAGAUAUUGUAUGCAGAAAUACUGAUUCCAAAUAUGAAAGAGGUCCCUAAGGCACAAAUGCAAUUUCUUGCUUCUAACUUCAAAUUACUUUUUUGUAAUUAGAGCUGGUAUGUCUAAUGGCUAAUUGCAAAGUAGCCUGAUGUUGUGCCCAGCCACCUCUCUCACACGUGCUUUUUUCUUAACUUCCUAGGUCUUUUUGUCAUAAAGGAUUAAGUCCUUUGGAUUCAUUGGAACAAAAAAGCAAACAAAAAUAUUAAGCACUUUAUAGAACAGGAAUGGAUUUAGCAUGAUUUUUAAAAGUUAAAUAUAUGUAGAGGUGUUUUGCUGAAUCAAUUUUUUUUUCUGUUUGGACCAUCCCAGAAAUAGUGUUGUGUGUGAAGCAUCUGAUUCUAGGGAAUAAUUAAAAAAAAAAAAAAA